AUGCCUCAAAAUCUCCUUGAGGUCUUCCCCAUGGAGGUCAUCGACAUUGUUCUUAUGUUUCUGUCUAAAAGAACAUUGGCAACCCUCUACGAUGGAUUAUCAGAGGAGUCAGUGCUAAAGCCACUUGUGUUUUCCAGAAUGUUCAAACACAUGAAAGUUGAUAAUUUGGAGCAACUAAUCGAAGCAGCAAGUCUUGAUGCUCGUGUUGGAACGAUGCAUUUGGAAUACAAGGACGAGUAUCUCUCAUUUUUCCAAGAAAUUCCAGCUUUCACGUCUUGUAUAUCCGGUAUUAAGCUUACGCUACCAGGUCCUUGUGACUACACGGUUUUCAAUAAGAUUCCGCUUAAAAAUGUUUCACAUGUUGAGCUCAAAGGAGUGAAAUCAUUCGACCCAUCUCGUGCUCCACGCAAUUUAAAGCUGAUAAAUUUAUUUUUUGAUUUGCACCCAAUCCCAAUGAAGAUGGAGGGGUGGCCGCCUUCUUUGUCGUCCUUAGUUAUCCAGGGCCAUAAUAACUUGACUCUUAUUGAGCUUCCCAAGGGUCUUGAAGAACUUACGUGCAGUAAUCUGCAAGGAUUAUGCAACCAAUUCCCUUCAGGUCUCGAGAAAUUAGAAUUGAUCCUGAUCCCAUUCCAGAAUCAGAGGUUUCCGAAUUCUAUUAAGGAGUUGCUGAUCGAUUGCCGCACUGAUGAUGUUGGCAAACUAUUGGGAAGAUUACCGUCGAAGUUGAAAAAGUUAAGUUUGACAACUACUCUCUAUGGUAUGAUAUCAUCUUUCGAGUGUCCCGAUUCAGUCGAGAUUCUAGAAAUUAAGCACUGUAUUAUUGAGAAUCUUGGGGAUUUCAAGCUUCCCAAGUCGCUCGUAAAAUUCAUCUUGACAGAUAACAAGAUCCUGAAUUUGCAAGACGUGAAGUAUCCAGAGUCCCUUCAAGUACUCAAUUUGAAUUCCAAUGGGUUAAGAACGCUUCAUAAUGUAGAUUUACCCAAGCAGCUUCGUGAAUUGUACGUGGCAGACAAUUACUUCACCAGUUUGGAAGGAGUUACCUUUCCCGAGUUGGAAAUCCUUGACAUCACAACCAACUCUGUCGUGGAGAUCAAGAGUAUGAAAAAUGCCAUACUUCCGCCCACACUCAAGGUUUUAAAAGCAGGUGGGCACUGCAUUGGAGACUAUGAAUAA